UUUAGGGGGAGCAGCACUUUCCCUCUUUGCCACACACACACACACACACACACACACACACACACACACACACACACACACACUUCACACACAUGCAUGUGCAUUUACUAACAGCAACACAUUCAUUUUUGCUGUGCUGAGGUACAGACUCCCUCCCCUGUGACUCCAGGGGAAGAGGGGCAGCAGCCGAAUCACAGCUCACACACACAGACACACUCUUUCUGCUUCUAUUAUCACACACACCAAGAAAACCCAUGCGUUUAACAGUGAAGGAACAACAGAGGGAUGCAUCAUGAAGUCUCAGCAAAAGUGCAUCGUGAUCUUUGCCUUGGUGUGCUGCUUCGCUGUGCUGGUGGCGCUGAUUUUCUCAGCUGUGGACAUUUGGGGUGAAGAUGAGGACGGGAUUACAGAGGAGAACUGUAGCAGGAACUGCAGUGUAGUGCUUGUGGAGAACAUCCCUGAGGACAUCUCCUUCUUAGACAAUGGCACAGCUCAUCUCCCUCUCUCAGUGGGACUGUACAACUUACUGGACCAGGCUAUGCGGGUCGUAGAGAUAGUUUCCCCGCUGUGGCUCCUCAACUCCUCUGACUAUGAAGCCAGCUUCCAACCUGCAGCCAGACAGGGCAGGGCUCUGCUGUCCGCACUACAGGGGCUAAAAAAGAAAGGAAUCCAGCUGAAGAUCUCCAGCGGGAUGAUCAACUCAACUGAGCUGGAGACUCUUGCUAAACACGGUGCUGAGGUUCACUAUGUGAACAUGACAGCAUUGACUAAAGGCAACAUGCACUCCUCCUUUUGGGUGGUCGAUCGGACACAUUUCUACAUCGGCAGCGGAAGCAUGGACUGGAGAUCUCUGGCCACAAGGAAGGAGCUUGGUGUGUUGGUGUACAACUGCAGCUGUCUGGCUCUGGACCUCCACAGAGUGUUCAGCCUCUACUGGGGGCUCCACUAUAAAGACUUCAUCCCGUCUUUCUGGUCCAAGCGCCUCUUUGCCCUCUCCAACAGGGAUUUACCUCUGAAGCUCACCUUUAACAAUACUAGAGCUCUUGCUUAUGUUUCUAGCUCGCCAGAUGUUUUCAUCCCUAAAGAUCGUAGCAGUGAUCUCGAGGCCAUUUCCAGGGUUAUCCAGGAGGCUCACCAUUUCAUAUACAUCUCCAUUAUAGAUUAUCUGCCUCUCCUCAGCAGCAGCACUCAAAGGUACUGGUCUCGUAUCGACGGUCUUAUAAGAGAGGCUCUGAUCUUGAGGAAGGUGCGGGUCCGCCUGCUGAUAAGUUGUUGGGAAAAAACUCAUCCACUUACGUUCAAUUUCAUCUGGUCCCUGAGGAGUCUAUGUAUGGAGCAGGCCAACUGCUCGCUGGAAGCAAAGUUCUUCAACCCCAGACUGCACCACGGAAUAAACCACAACAGGUUUAUGAUUACAGACAGAGCAAUUUAUUUAGGUAACCUUGACUGGGUGGGGAACGAGUUUGCUUUUAAUGCAGGAGCAGGCCUUGUGAUCAGUCACCCAGUGGGCAUCGACGAGAGGAAUUUCACGGUGGUGGAGCAGUUACAGGCUGUUUUUGAGCGGGACUGGUUUUCCCGUUAUACCCGCACACUCCAAAGUAAUAAGAUCCCAGUUUGCAACAAGCACCAAAUCACAAAGCUUGUGACAGUCAGAACCAGUAACUUAGACAAUGGACCAGUGCCUAUCAGAAAAGAUCAGUAUGACAAUGGAUCUUCAUCACUGAGAAACCAUCACAAAGUCAAUGGGCUAGACAGAAUAAAUCACCGUGAUGACAAGUUAAGAAAAAUGAGUCACCAAAGCAUGGCUAAUGUACAAGGACCCAUUAUGGACAUUUCCCAAGUGAGGGCUCAAAUCAAAGAGAAUGACCAUGACAAUCCAGUGGAUCCACCCAGUCAUUCAGUUGAGAGCAGUGGCUUCAGAGAGAUGUCCACUGGAUCUUUGUGACUUUCUUAGAAUUUUAUUUGGAGAACUGCUCUCAUCCAGUGUCAAUGGACUUCCUCUGCUGGAUCUUUAUAGCAUAUUAACACAAUUAACACAAGUUUUAAGUACAACCCUGUUUAAGAGAAUUAAAACAAGGAGGAACUUGGAAAAAAAAAGGAAACCCUCAGCUGUAGUCAGGCACUUUUUAUGGAUCCUAUGAAAAUGGAACCAAAACAUCUCGGUUUAGAAGAAACACUUAUUUAUACACUAAUUAUAUCUCACAACUUUGCUACUCAUUUAAUCUUUUUCUCUGUCAUUGUUGAGAUCUCUCAAUCAAAGGAUGCAUAUAAAAUUGUGUUGAUUGCCUGAAUCUUGUAUUUCACUUAAGCAUUUUGUGGCAGUCAUGAAUUAUCACCCUUUAAAAGGGAGAAAAACCUGCAUGUCUGUGUGGAGACGGGAGGUAGUGCAGUAUGUGUAGCUACACUAGCUACGUCUAACAUUU